CGGUACGGUGCGCGGCGGCUGAGGCGCCGCCGAACUAGUCGGUAGGGACGGUUACAGGGCAGCCCCGGAAAUCCUUUGCUCUGCCUUUCGCUGCGUCGCGGUCGUGGCGCUGAGUUCCGUGGUGCGGGGGACCCUCGGAGCCGGCGGGUCACCCUGCGGCCCCUAGCCCGCCUCGCCCCAGGUAAAAUGGUUAUGAAAGCUUCUGUAGAAGAUGAUGAUUCAGGAUGGGAGCUCAGUAUACCUGAAAAGAUGGAAAAGAACAGUACAAGUACAAAUUGGGUCGAUAUAACACAAGAUUUUGAAGAGGCUUGUCGGGAAUUGAAGUUGGGAGAACUGCUUCAUGAUAAGCUCUUUGGUCUUUUUGAAGCUAUGUCUGCCAUUGAAAUGAUGGAUCCCAAGAUGGAUGCUGGCAUGAUUGGAAACCAAGUUAAUCGGAAAGUUCUUAAUUUUGAGCAAGCUAUCAAGGAUGGCACCAUAAAAAUUAAAGACCUAACUUUACCUGAAUUGAUAGGGAUUAUGGAUACAUGUUUUUGUUGCUUGAUAACAUGGUUAGAAGGUCAUUCAUUGGCGCAGACAGUGUUUACUUGCCUUUACAUCCAUAAUCCAGACUUCAUAGAAGAUCCUGCUAUGAAAGCUUUUGCUCUUGGUAUCCUGAAAAUCUGUGACAUUGCAAGAGAAAAAGUAAAUAAAGCUGCUGUUUUUGAAGAGGAAGAUUUUCAGUCAAUGACCUAUGGAUUUAAAAUGGCAAAUAGUGUGACAGAUCUUCGAGUUACUGGAAUGCUAAAAGAUGUAGAAGAUGACAUGCAAAGAAGAGUAAAGAGCACUCGAAGUCGACAAGGAGAAGAAAGAGAUCCAGAAGUUGAACUUGAACAUCAGCAAUGUUUAGCUGUUUUUAGCAGAGUGAAAUUUACUCGAGUGCUACUGACAGUUCUCAUCGCUUUUACUAAAAAGGAGACAAGUGCUGUUGCAGAAGCUCAGAAACUGAUGAUUCAAGCAGCAGAUCUUCUGUCCGCAAUUCACAAUUCAUUACAUCAUGGGAUCCAGGCACAGAAUGAUACCACAAAAGGAGAUCAUCCUAUUAUGAUGGGUUUUGAGCCUCUUGUUAACCAGAGAUUGCUUCCUCCUACCUUCCCUCGAUAUGCAAAAAUAAUCAAAAGGGAAGAAAUGGUCAACUAUUUUGCAAAACUUAUAGAUAGAAUAAAAACUGUCUGUGAAGUUGUCAAUCUAACAAAUUUACACUGUAUCCUGGAUUUUUUCUGUGAAUUUAGUGAGCAAUCACCCUGUGUUCUUUCAAGAUCCCUGCUUCAAACUACUUUUCUAGUGGAUAAUAAAAAGGUCUUUGGGACCCAUCUCAUGCAAGACAUGGUGAAAGAUGCACUUCGGUCAUUUGUCAGUCCUCCGGUGCUUUCCCCUAAGUGCUGUCUGUAUAAUAAUCACCAGGCUAAGGACUGUAUUGACUCCUUUGUUACUCACUGUGUUCGGCCAUUCUGUAGUCUUAUUCAGAUCCAUGGACAUAACAGGGCUCGUCAGAGAGAUAAAUUGGGUCAUAUUCUUGAGGAAUUUGCUACCUUGCAGGACGAGGCAGAGAAAGUUGAUGCUGCACUUCACAGUAUGUUGUUGAAACAGGAACCUCAAAGACAGCAUUUGGCCUGUUUAGGUACCUGGGUCCUUUAUCAUAACCUUCGAAUUAUGAUACAAUAUCUUCUAAGUGGCUUUGAAUUGGAACUGUACAGUAUGCAUGAGUACUACUACAUAUAUUGGUAUCUAUCUGAAUUUCUUUAUGCCUGGUUGAUGUCAACAUUGAGUCGUGCUGAUAGCUCACAAAUGGCAGAGGAAAGAAUAAUGGAGGAGCAGCAAAAAGGUCGUAGUAGUAAAAAAACAAAGAAAAAGAAGAAAGUUCGCCCAUUGAGUCGAGAAAUCACAAUGAGUCAAGCAUAUCAGAACAUGUGUGCUGGAAUGUAUAAGACCAUGAUAGCUUUUGACAUGGAUGGUAAAGUACGAAAACCCAAAUUUGAGUUGGAUAGUGAACAGGUUCGAUAUGAACAUAGAUUUGCUCCAUUCAACAGUGUUAUCACACCACCCCCAGUGCACUAUUUGCAAUUCAAGGAAAUGUCUGACCUUAAUAAAUAUAGUCCACCUCCUCAGUCUGCUGACCUAUAUAUGGCAGCUAGUAAACACUUUCAACAGGCAAAAAUGAUACUGGAGAAUAUCCCAAAUCCAGACCAUGAGCACUGUGGCUGACACAUGGCAAGUACUUCCUAAAUGCUUAAUGACUGUGUAUAGUUGAUUGAGCUGAAGUAAAGGAAUUCAUUAGAGCCGAUGAGAUCAAAUUUUGUGGUCAGUUUGUUAGAGAAGUUGUUAAUGUAAAGUACCUGAGCAUAAGCCGAUGGGAUGGUGGAGACCAUGAGCGAAGUCCUAAAAUCAUUAGAAAGUCAAUGCGGAGUAUAGUAGGUAGUAGUAAUAAGAUAGAAGCUAUGGGUUUUAAGUGGUUCUAGAAGGAACAAGUUAUUAAUAAGUAAAUGAUAGAGAAAUGGUAGGGAAGACUAGGAAUAUACCAACUUCCCUUCCUGGCCCUAUGAAUCAAGAAAUAGAAAGAAUGACCUCUAGUAUAGUGGUGUCUUUAUGGAAAGCCAGGUUUAUAUUUAAAUAGAAGGUAAAAAAAAAUGUUGAUUGAAGUGUUUGGGAAUGGAUAUUCUACUUCCAGAAUAUUGUACCACAACAAAAACAAAAUACCAAAAAAGAAGCAGUAACAGAAGAAAAAUGUACAGAAGUGGUUUUAGUAAACAAAAAAGAAAUUUCUUAAGAUUUCUUAGGGGAAAGGAAAAAAAAAACAACUCAGUGUAGCUAAUAAAACUCAGGAUAAAGUAGUGAAACUGCAGUAGUCUGAAUAAUGUCAACAUCAGUAGAAUUGGAAUGGAAUGAUUUAGGAGAUAUUUUAGUGAAUCUGGGAAGCACUAAGGCUAAUGAAGUUUCCCAAGGAGAGAGUCAUUCAGCUUAUUUGGAGGCUGAAAGACGGAAGAGUCAGUAUGAGAAAUUAGUGUAGUGAACCAAAAGAAUCUGAUGAAUAAAGAACUGACAAGUUCAUCUUUCCCAGAGUUGAAAAUAAAAUUUGGACUUUUAGUAUUUUGUAUUGUGUCUAUAUGAACUAUCACUUUAUUUAGUCUUCUGUGUUCUAAGAGUGCUGACAUCAGAAAGAAUAGAAAACAGUUGAACUUGGAUCCUUCACAAAAAAAAUUCAUCUUAAAUUUAAUGGAACAUUCCAUAGUUGACUUUGUUGUUCAUGCUUUAUUGAUGACAUACUUUUAUAUUUUUAUAUCCUUAUACUUUUUUCUUUAUAUUUAAAAAGUAUAUUUAUUAUCGAGGGGGACAAAUUGCUAUGCUAAGCCAUUGAUUUAUAGAGACUUGGUUUGUAUGUAUGCUCAAAAGUCCCACAGUUUCUUUUUUAUCUUAAAUUAGAAUUAAAGAAGUGAGUACUUCUGGAACCUGUUAUUAACAAAGGUAUUAAUUCUAGAUACCAAAAUUCAGAAUGUGUCCUGCCUUUUUUUUUUUCCUGUGAAAAACUAAUAGUGUCAUACUACAAAUAUUUUAAUUGGUGUCUUAAAAACUAAGACACAGUGACCAUACCUUUUGUGUUCUGACAGUUUCUUUUGCUUA